AUGCUGGCGCUGAGCGCCGCCCGCCGCCUGCUGCGCCCGCCCGGUGACCUGCUGCCGCCGCUGAGACUCGGCUGUGUGGGGACGAGCGGUGCCCGUGGCUGCGCGGCCGGCACGCCGAACCCGGUGGUGUACCUGGACGUGGGCGCCGAUAACCAGCCGCUGGGUCGCGUGGUGCUGGAGCUGAAAGCUGAUGUGGUUCCAAAGACAGCAGAAAACUUCAGAGCUCUUUGUACUGGUGAAAAAGGAUUUGGGUAUAAAGGAUCCACUUUCCACAGAGUGAUUCCUUCAUUUAUGUGCCAGGGUGGUGACUUUACAAAUCACAAUGGAACUGGUGGAAAAUCCAUUUAUGGCAGUAGAUUUCCAGAUGAAAAUUUUGUGCUUAAGCACGUUGGACCUGGUGUUCUUUCAAUGGCCAAUGCAGGACCCAAUACAAACGGAUCUCAGUUCUUCAUUUGCACUGCAAAAACUGACUGGCUAGAUGGAAAACAUGUUGUAUUUGGGCAUGUGAAGGAAGGAAUGGAUGUUGUGAAAAAAAUUGAGAGCUUUGGUUCCAAGACUGGAAAAACCUCCAAAAAGAUUGUCAUUACUGACUGUGGACAGUUGUCCUAGCCUUUUGCCUAACCUUUCAGGACGAUUUUGAUGCUGUGAAAUAUGAAUCAAAAAACCCCAAACAUUUCUGGUCCCAUGAGUAGCACUUAUGGAACCAUAUUUUCUAUUUAACUUGGUCCAACCUUAAUACUUAUUUUAACAAUAUUGAUUAAAAAUAUAAACCAGUAACUGAAAUGUUUGACCUGAUCUACUUUGGUAGUCACACUGAUGUGGCAGAGUCCCAUGGCAUUCUGAAAGAAACAGCACCAGAGCACAUCUGACCACAGUGCUGAGACUGUUCUUAAUGUUUGGAUGUUUCAGGUGUUCUAAUCAGUGGUGGAGUUUGCAACUCAAUGUUCUGCAGUGGGAGAGUAGGCAUAGAUUGAGAAAUAUGUGUUUCCUUUGGUGCUAAUAAACACCUGUUGUACAUCUUGUUUGGAGAAAUAAUGCUAACAAGUGCUUUCAAGACUGUCUGCAACAUGACUGUCACACGUUU